AUGGCGACCAGCGUGGACGAGGAGGCGCUGCACCAGCUGUACCUGUGGGUCGACAACAUCCCUCUGUCCCGACCCAAGCGAAACCUCUCCCGGGACUUCAGUGAUGGAGUCCUGGUUGCAGAGGUCAUCAAGUUUUACUUUCCCAAGAUGGUGGAGAUGCACAAUUAUGUCCCUGCCAACUCUCUCCAGCAGAAACUCAGCAACUGGGGUCACCUAAACAGGAAGGUGCUGCACAAGCUGAACUUUUCAGUCCCUGACGACGUAAUGCGCAAGAUUGCACAGUGUGCCCCGGGCGUGGUGGAGCUGGUGCUCAUCCCACUGAGGCAGCGCCUGGAGGAACGGCAGAGGCGCAGGAAGCAGGGCUCUGGCUCCUUACAGGAGCUGGCACCCCAGGAUGGCAGCGGCUACAUGGAUGUGGGUUUGUCACAGAAAGCUCAAAGGGAGAGUGUCCCAGACCCCCAGGGAGGGGCACAGUUCAGGGGGACCCAGCCUCCAGGACAGAGCCAGGCACUGCAGAGCAACCCCAACUUUGUCCUCCAAAUUGCGGAAAAGGAGCAGGAACUGUUGGCCUCGCAGGAGACUGUGCAGGUCCUGCAGAUGAAGGUGAGGCGUUUAGAGCACCUGCUGCAGCUCAAGAAUGUGCGCAUAGAGGACCUCUCCCGGCGGCUUCAGCAGGCUGAGCGUAAGCAGCGGUGA